AUGGCCGAUAAAUACAACCAGCCUCCAUCCUACCCGCAGCCCACCCAGGGUCAUGCCAACGAUUAUUAUCAGCAAGGCCCUCCUCCCCAGCAGUACGGCCAGCCAUACGGCCAGCCCCAGCAGCAGUACUAUCCUCCCCAGGGAGGCCCUCCUCAACAGCCCAUGUACUACCAGCAGCAACAACCGCCAGCGGACAACCGUGGCAGCGGCGGCGGCGGUCUCUGUGCCGGUCUCAUGGCUGGUAUGGCCUGCUGCUGCUGUCUUGAUAUCCUCUUCUAG